CUCUCUUCAAAACCUCCAAUCAAAAAGAUUCGAUUUUGUAUGCGACGCCACGACUUCGACCAAUCCCAUCUCUCUCUCUCUAGAAUCCUCCAUUGAUUUCUUCUCUCUCUCUCAAAACCUCCAUUAAUCUAUAAUAUUCAUUCUCUCUUCUUCAUCUCCUCUCUUAUUAUUGUCUUUAAAGAAGUUUAUUCCUUUUCUUGAUUCUACAGAUUCCAUUAUUCGCCUUUCCAGUUCUUUCUCAUUGGCUUACUUCGGAUUUUUCUAUGUUCUAUUUCCAUCCAACUCACCCUUUUCUUCCUUAAAUAAACCCUUUUAUUCCUUUUCUUUUUCCAAAUUCACCUAUGGAUUUUGUCCACACUUUUCUGGAUAUUCGUGUUGGAAUGGAUUUGAGUAACUAUGCUGAUGCUUUGGAUCGAGAACGCCAAAAAAUUCAAGUCUUCCAGCGAGAACUUCCCCUCUGUUUGGAGCUCGUCACUAGAGCUAUUGAUUCUUGCCGGCAGCAGUUGUCUGGGGUGUCGACGGAGAGCUCUGAGCAUACAUCAAGCGAUCGCCCUGUUUUGGAGGAGUUUAUUCCUAUUAACAAACCUUGUGUGAAUUCUCAUUUUGAAAUUGAAGAAGACGAACAAUCAAAACCGGGGAAGAUUGAAUUGGGUCGAUCGGAUUGGCUCAAAUCGGCUCAGCUUUGGAAUCAAUCGCCAGAUCCUCCUCUUACAGAGGAUGUUGCUAAGGAGGUUGUUGAGGUAAAAAAUAAUGGCGGUGGCGGUGCUUUUCAACCAUUUGAAAAAACAACUCCAUUGAAAACAGAGUCGGCGGUGGUAGUCGGUAGGACGGCGGGUUCUUCAUUUCCGGAGGCGACAACAAUUUCAAUUCCGGAAACGACAACAAGUUCGACGGCGGGAACCGCUUCUAAAUGUGGCGGAGGAACUGCUAAACGAGAAGAUAAGGAAUCUCAGACCCAAAGAAAACAGAGGCGGUGCUGGUCGUCAGAAUUACACCGGCGAUUCGUUCACGCCCUUCAACAACUUGGCGGUCCUCAUGUUGCCACACCAAAACAAAUCAGGGAGUUAAUGAAGGUGGAUGGACUCACUAACGAUGAAGUCAAAAGUCAUUUACAGAAGUACCGAUUGCACUCAAGAAGGCCAACAAAUACAGCAAUGCAAGACAGCGGGAGCUCAUCGGCGCACCAGCAAUUCGUGGUGGUGGGAAGCAUAUGGGUUCCACCACCACCUCCACCGAAAUACACGGUGGCAACAACAGAGAAAGGGAGAAAUGGGAUUUAUGCUCCGGUGGCGACGUUGGUAGGAGGGAAGGCGAGCCAGAGCAGCGGGGGAAUGGUUCAUUCAAAUUCGCCGGCCACAUCUUCUUGCACUCACACCACCACAAAUUCGCCGAAUUCGCGAUCGGCGACAUAGAAAUUUUGUUGAUUAAAAUUAUUGUAAAAGGGUUGGAACAAAAUUUUGUAAAGUACAAUCAAGUUAUUUGAUAAAGGCAUGUGAUAUACAUAAGAUGUUCACGUGAAGUUGGGCACCCAUUUUUGGAUUUACGGAAUCA